AUGUUACUUGUUGCAUACGGUUUUACCUAUGAAACUGAUAAGCGAGCCUUGCUCGAGUUCAAGUCUCAAAUUUCUGAAAGCAAAAGAGUUGUCUUGUCCACAUGGAACAACUCAUUCCCUCUCUGCAGUUGGACUGGAGUUACAUGUGGCCGCAAACACCGGAGAGUUACUGGUCUGGACCUCAGAGGAUUUCAAUUAGGCGGGGUGAUAUCACCAUCUAUUGGUAAUCUCUCGUUUCUCAGAUCACUUGAUCUCUCUAACAACUCUUUCGGUGGAACCAUCCCUCAAGAGGUGGGAAACUUGUUUCGAAUCAAAUACUUGUAUAUGGACUCAAAUGAUCUCGGAGGAGAAAUUCCAGCAAGUCUGUCCAACUGCUCUAGAUUGACGUACCUUUAUUUAUAUUCAAACCAUCUUGGAGGAGGUGUUCCUUCAGAGCUAGGGUCAUUGACGAAGCUUGUUUAUCUAUAUCUUGGCUACAACAACCUGAAAGGGGAGCUCCCUGCAUCUCUAGGAAACUUGACAUCUCUCAGAAAUCUUGGCUUGGUUGCUAACAACAUAGGAGGAGAGAUUCCAGACGAUAUAGCUAGACUGAGUCGUAUGGUGUAUCUCGAGCUAGCAAUGAACAACUUCUCAGGUGUUUUUCCUCCAGCUAUCUACAAUUUUUCCUCGCUUGAGUACUUAUACCUCUAUAGCAACGGCUUCUCGGGUAGCUUAAGGCAUGAUUUUGGUGAUCUGCUACCUAACCUUCGAAUGUUACACAUGGGGAAGAAUUAUCUCACAGGAGCCAUUCCUGCUUCGCUAGGAAAUAUGUCAUCCUUACGAAAUCUUAGCUUUGCAUAUAACAACAUGGAAGGAGAAGUUCCUGGUGGCGUAGCUAAACUGACUCAGAUGGUGUAUUUAGAGUUAUCAUUGAACAACUUCUCGGGUGUUUUCCCUCCAUCGGUUUACAAUUUAUCUUCACUUCAGUAUCUUUACAUGUUUGGCUGCGGCUUUUACGGUAGUCUGCGGCAUGAGUUUGGUCUUUUGCUUCCAAAUCUUAGGGUUUUGUUAUUGGCAAGUAAUAGUCUCACAGGAGUCAUUCCAACAACUCUUUCCAAUAUAUCAACUCUUCUAGUGUUGGCGAUCCAGAAUAACAGCUUAACAGGAAGUAUUCCUCCAGGUUUAGGCAACGUGAGGGGUUUGCAAUACCUAGGGCUUUAUAGUAACUAUUUGGGAAGUUACUCUCUUGGAGAUCUUGAAUUUCUUGGCGCUCUAAGUAACUGCACCCAGUUACAUACCGUAAAUGUUGGUAACAACAGGCUUGGGGGUUAUAUACCUAGCUCCAUUGUGAAUUUAUCCACUAACCUCAUCUAUUUGAGCCUCGAAACAAACUACAUAUCUGGAAGCAUUCCUCAUGAUAUUGGGAAUCUCAAAAGCCUACAAACGCUUCGGUUGCAUGAAAAUAUCUUGACGGGAACGCUCCCGGUCUCUGUUGGGAAACUUGUAGAAAUGAAGGAACUGAUUCUCAGCUCAAACAGAAUGUCAGGAGAGAUACCAUCUUCUAUAGGAAACAUCACUCGGUUAGAGUUAUUGUAUAUGUUCAACAAUAGCUUUCAAGGAACCAUUCCUCCAAGCCUUGGUAAUUGUAGUCACAUGCUGUUUUUAUGGAUUGGAUCUAAUAAGUUGAGUGGGAAUAUACCUUGGGAGAUUAUGCAAGUUUCGUCCCUUGUUUACCUUGGCUUGGAAAGUAAUUCUUUGACCGGAUCUCUGCCAAACGGUGUUGGACAACUGCAAAAUCUUGUUAGGCUGUUUCUUGGAAGUAAUAAAUUAUCAGGAAAACUUCCACAAACCUUGGGGAACUGUCUCUCGAUGGAAACUCUUAGUCUACAAGAGAAUUCUUUUGGUGGAGAUAUUCCAGAUAUGAGAAGAUUGGUGGGUGUUAAAGCAGUUGAUUUGUCGAACAAUAAUCUCUCUGGGAGUAUACCUGAAUAUCUUGCAAACUUCUCCUCGUUAGAGUAUCUCAAUCUAUCCAUUAAUAAUUUGGAAGGAAGGAUGCCGGUAGAAGGAAUUUUCCAGAAUGAUACUAAAGUUUUUGUAUUUGGGAAUAAAAAUCUUUGUGGAGGCGUCAGAGGAUUAAAACUAAAGCCAUGCUUUGCUCAAACACCACCAGUAAAGACAUCGCAUUCCGUUCUUUCGAAGAAAGCUGUGAUCGGGAUCAGCGUAAGUAUAUCUUUGCUUUUGUUGUUGUUUCUGGCUUCAAUUCAUCUAUGCUGGCUCAGAAAAAGAAAGAAGAAGUUGUUGAGCAUUAGUCAAUCUCCUUGGACUUUGGGUGCCUUCCAUGAAAAGUUAAGUUAUGGAGAUCUUCGAAAUGCGACAAAUGGCUUUUCUUUGGGAAACGUUAUCGGAUCUGGUAGUUUUGGUACUGUGUUUAAAGCAUUGCUCCCGGGAGAGCAAAAUGUUGUUGCAGUGAAGGUUCUAAACAUGGAGAUACAUGGAGCAAUGAAGAGCUUUGUUGCAGAAUGUGAAUCGUGGAAAGAUAUAAAGCAUCGUAAUCUUGUGAAACUGUUGACGGCUUGUUCAAGUAUCGAUUUCCAAGGAAAUGAAUUCAGAGCUCUCAUCUAUGAGUUCAUGCCCAAUGGGAGCUUGGAUAUGUGGUUGCACCCAGAGGAAGUCGAAGAGAUUCUUAGGCCCUCAAGAACUUUGACACUUCUUGAAAGGCUUAACAUAGCAAUAGACGUGGCUUCCGUUUUGGACUAUCUUCAUUUUCAUUGCCAUGAAGCUAUAGCUCAUUGUGAUAUUAAGCCAAGCAACGUCCUUUUAGAUGACGAACUAGUAGCCCAUGUUAGUGACUUUGGUCUGGCUCGGCUUCUCCUGAAAUUCGACAAGGACUCUUUCUUCAACCAACUAAGCUCAGCUGGCGUUAGAGGAACCAUCGGCUAUGCCGCACCAGAAUAUGGAAUGGGAGGGCAACCAUCAAUACAUGGUGAUGUGUACAGCUUUGGGAUUCUCAUUUUGGAAAUGUUCAGUGGAAAAAGACCAACCAAUGAGUUAUUUGGGGGAAACUGUACCCUACACAACUACACCAAGUCGGCUUUGCCAGAGAAAGUAUUGGACAUAGCAGACCAAUCAAUUCUUCACAGUGGUCUCAGAGUUGGUUUCCCUGUUGUUGAGUGCUUAACACUGAUUUUGGAUGUGGGGCUUAGGUGCUGUGAAGAAUCUCCAGCAAACCGGUUGGCAACGAGUGAAGCCACAAAGGAGUUAAUCUCAAUCAGAGAGAGGUUCUUUAGAUCCAGAAGAACAGCCAGACGUUGA